AUGUCGCCUGGUCGCUUAGCUAGCGCCCGUGCCCAGCGUCGUUGGGACGCAGACACUCUCGUCGCCCCCGACUGGCUUAACAAUGGCGACAAUGCCUGGCAGCUUACGGCUGCGACGCUCGUGGGCCUGCAAUCGGUCCCGGGCCUGAUGGUCAUGUACGCAGGAUUGGUGAAAAAGAAGUGGGCCAUCAACUCGGCUUUUAUGGUCCUGUACGCCUUUGCCGCCGUCCUCAUUUGCUGGGUGGUUUACGCAUACCGGGCUGGUUUUGGCAAGCAGAUGUUGCCAUUCGUCGGUGUGCCCGGCCCGGCUGUCGAGAUGAACUACGAAUUGAAGCAGGCGUACUUGCCUGCAGCUGGCGUGACGGCAGCAUAUCCUAUGAGCACCAUGGUGUAUUUCCAGUUCGUUUUCGCAGCCAUCACACUUGUCCUUAUCGCGGGCGCAGCCCUGGCGAGAAUGAACUUCCUGGCCUGGAUGGUUUUCGUGCCACUUUGGUUGACCCUGAGCUACGUGGUGGGCGCAUUCAGCAUCUGGGGAGGUGGCUUCUUGUACACCAUGGGCGUUUUGGAUUACUCGGGAGGAUACGUCAUUCAUGUUUCGUCCGGAACAGCAGGAUGGGUUCUAGCAUACUGGGUUGGCCCUCGACAUCCUCGCGAUCGCACCGAAUUCCAUCCGAACAAUGUUCUGCUCGCACUUGUCGGCGUCGGGCUCCUCUGGCUUGGUUGGAACGGCUUUAACGGUGGUGAUCCUUAUACUGCUUCGCCCGAUGCUGGUGCUGCUGUGCUAAAUACAAACGUGUGCACAGCCAUGAGCAUGUUGACCUGGACCAUCAUGGACCUCAUCUUUUUCAAAAAACCAGCCGUCAUUGGAGCCAUUCAAGGCAUCAUCACUGGCCUUGUCGCAAUCACACCUGCUGCCGGAUUUGUUGCGGGAUGGGGUGCAAUCAUCAUUGGUCUUUGCUCCGGCAUCAUCCCGUGGAUCUCAAUGAACAUCCUGGGCAAGCAAAGGUGGUUCCUUGAAUUCUCCGAUGACGUGGUGGGAGAUUUUCAUACACAUUUGGUUGGUGGCGUCGUUGGAGGAUUCCUGACCGGGCUCUUUGCCACCAGUGAAGGCACCGCAGCCUUUGCCCUGGCCCCCUCUGGUGGUGCAAUCGAUGGCAACGGGCGUCAAGUUUGGGUCCAAAUUGUCGGCUUCCUCUUCAUCAUCGGGUGGAACCUGUUCUGGACCAGCGCCAUCUGCCUGUUCAUCAAAUACGUCCUGAGGAUUCCUCUGAGAUACAACGAGGAUCAACUGCUCAUUGGCGAUGGUGAGGUCCAUGGCGAGCUCCCGUACGCAUUCUUCCACGAUGGCCGACAUGAUUACGACGUCCAUUAUGGCAAGCCCCACGAAGACAUGGAGAAACGUGCGGGAGUCUUGCAGGGGGUGGAUGCCGCAGGUCAUAUCGACAGCUCGGAGGCAGAAGCAGGGAGUGGGAGCGGCAGCGCCGGUGGUAAUGGAACAAGCAAGGCCACCAAGCAGGCAUAG